CUUGAUUAUCAAAACCUACCACCUUUAGUUCUUUAGUCUCUCACAAUUCUUGAUUUUUCCAUCAACAUUAUGGCCAACUCAAAUUCCAUGCUGAGUUUAGUGUUAUUUCUUGUUCUAUUACUAUUCUUUGCAGAAGUAAAUACUUCAACAGCGACGAGCUAUCGGGGCUUUAAAAGCAUGAAAAAAAAGAUAGAUAGCCAGCAGAUUUUACGUGAAAUAUGUUCUAAUUUGGGGAAAACACUGAUGGAAACUAAAAGGAGGGUAGUAUUGGUGGAUGCAGAUAGAGUAGUACCUGGAGGACCAGAUCCACGACAUCAUUAACAAUAGAGUCAACGGGUUCAGAACGGAUAUUGUAAUAUAUUUUAUCCUAUAUUUUUUUUUCUUUUCUUUUUUUUGUAUAAGUGGUUCGAGCCGAAAGGAGUGAAUUCAGUUGAACCUGCUCCAGAAUCCACCUCUGAUUGGCAACUACCUUUGAAAUGUGAAUCUUGUCAUUCCAAAAUUCCAUGAAAGUAAAAAUGGACUUUGUAUGAAAAUACGUAUAAGAGCUGUAUUAUUUUGUCUUCAAAAGAGACGAUAUCGUAUGUUAUUUCAUCUAUGGAAGCCUAUAUUGACACCAUGUUGUAAUUGACUCAAAUUAAA